GCAAGAAUUAGGCCGGGCGCAGCGGAGUACUGCAUCCUUUAGUCGGCAUUGAAGUGCCCUGGUGCAGCAUGACGCUUAGACUCUUGGCUGAAGUGAGUCAACAGGACCUGCUGGUAGCUCUUUCAGAGCUCCAAAACCACCUGCUGGGUUACGUUAAGUCCAUGGCCCUCAAGUGUGCCGUGGAUCUCCGCAUCCCCGACGCCAUCCAUCGCCGCGGUGGUGCCGCCACCCUCGCCGACAUUGUAGCCGACACCGAGAUACAUCCCGCAAAGAUCCCUGACCUCAAGCGCAUGAUGGAACUGCUCCGCACUUCGGGCAUCUUCACAGCCACCGCCGCAAAGGACAGCGGUGGCAUCGGUGAUGUCGUGUACGGCCUAACGACGGCGUGCUACUUCCUUGUCGGUCGGUGCAACCUGUCACCUGUGGUGCCGUACUUGGUGAGCCCUCACAUCGUAUCCUCCUUCUUCGGCAUGUCUGACUGGUUCAGGAAGGAGCCGGCGGUCGCUGGCGGAUCCCUCUUCGAGCUGGCACACGGCUGCUCCCUGCAGGAGAUGGCGAGCAAGGACGCUGCGUUUAGCAGCCUCCUGAACGACUCCAUGGCAUCUGACAGCCAGCUCUUCCUAGAGGUGAUUAUUUUGGACAAGGGCCGCAUCUUCCGCGGGCUCAAUUCGCUGAUCGACGUAGGCGGCGGCCAUGGCGCGGCCACACUGGUCAUCGCGAGGGCAUUCCCACGCAUUAAGUGCACCGUGCUGGACCUGCCGCACGUGGUCAGCCAGGCCACCACCAGCGAGGAUGGUAACUUGCAUUUCAUCGCCGGUGACAUGUUUGAGUCGAUUCCACCUGCGAAUGCUGUCUUACUCAAGAACGUUUUACAUGACUGGAGCGAUGAAGAUUGUGUCAAGAUACUUCAACGCUGCAAGCAAGCGAUCCCCGCUAGAACCAAAGGAGGAAAGGUGAUAAUCAUAGAGAUGGUGAGAGGAUCAGCACAGGGAGAUCGCAAAAUCAGCGAGAUGGAAGACAUACAGAAUGUGUUCAUGUUGCAUAUCAAUGGAGUGGAACGAGGCAUAAAUGAGUGGAAAAGGAUCUUUUCUGAUGCUGGAUUCAGCGAUGAUUACAAAAUCAUGCCAGUGUUGGGCCCCUAUUCUGUAAUUGAGAUCUACCCAUGAAUAAAGCUUGAACUACCGCACUAUGUAUAUACAAGGCAGUAAGAUACACAUACCUGAACUUCGUUGUUGAUUUGUAUGUGCUGCUGAAUACAACGUCUUGUCAAUAAGCAGCAGGCUGCUACGUACCACGUUAGCAUGCCUCUGUCGUUGUUUCAGCUCCUCCGUUAUAAAUAGAUGUUCAUGGAUAUCCGUGUGAGCUCAUCGAACAUGCAUGUAGUUCAUGGAAUUUGUAAGUUUGUUUUAUGAAUAAACAGCAUUUUCUUUUCUA